UUAGAGCGCCAAUACGAAGUGUCUCCUCUCGACCGCAUAUACCUCCGUGCUAGCCAUGACUACCAGCCCGAGCAAACUACCAUCUCCGGCUCCUCCGGUGGCAUCUCUAUCACCGCUCCUCUACGAGAGGGCGACAUCGUCCUCAUACAUCUUCUUCACCCGAACGGCUGGGCCGAUGGGACUAUACUCUCCACCGGAACUCGAGGCUGGAUACCCACCAACUACUGUCAGAUCUACGACCCUCAACCUAUGCGAUCUCUCCUCCAUGCAUUGACUCGGAUUUGGGAUUAUCUGAGCCUAGGCGCAAACGACGAAGCUUUGUCCGAGGACAGGCAGGAUUAUGUUCAAGGUCUCGUGGCUGGCGUUCGUCGCUUGUUGGAGCACUGUGACUGUCUGCACAGGGAUGACCCCAUGAUCAAAAGGCAUAUUGCCUUGAGACGAACUCGAAAAAGUCUCUUAGCAGAUCUGUCUACUCUCUUGAAAGACCGUGAGAACAUACUCAACACUUUUUCUGACUGUUCGGAUGCCGUGGUCUGGUCCACACUUGAGAAAUACUUGACCAAUGCUUUCAAAGUAGCUUGCAGAGGGGCUCGCUUCCUCGAUAUUUGGGCUCAAAGCACCUCUCCAAGGCAAAGACAAUCAAGUUCGCGUUACGAUGAAGCUGUUCAGAACCCUCGAACAGUCAGAGCCUCAUUACAUGCAGGUCUUUCAUCUUGUCCAUUAUCGCACGUUGAUGAGAACUCGGUCCGAUCGUCUUCUCCUGACUGUUUCAAAGAGAUUCCAAGGUUCCAUUUCAGGGUUCUCGAAUACGACGAGUCCUCACAGAGUACGAAAGUUGUUGACGAGCAGUUUGGUCCAGAGAUAAUCUCGGAGGAACUUCGUCAUAUGUUCUCCUAUGAUACGUCGUCCCCAGCGCAGCCGUCGUCCAUCGCUUUGAGCUCAAAGCCAGUGGGCUCAUAUGGUCUGUCCGAAGAUGUGUCCGAUCUGGCAUCCGAACGUCUCACGGCCGCGCAUGAACAGUUCUUGGGCGAUAUCGGUGCCUUCAUCGGUUUUCACCUACAAUCCAGAACGUCUCUAGACCUGGCAAGGACAACGACACUUUCCGUCAAAGCAGCUGAGGAUUUACUGGUAGUUGUCAGUGACAUCUCAGAGCGGGAUCCCAGUCGAUGUCAAGGCAUCUCGGUAGCAUCAGAGAAUCUGAGGGCAAAAAUCCAGACUCUUGCAGAGACUGCAAGUCGCUUGUGCAAGGAUUCUGCAGACUCGAAUGACCCAGAGGUGGUGGAGGUUGUGGGUCCAGAAGAUGGUCAAGGACUUGUGGCUGCAGCGACUGCCUGCGUCCGCGCGGCAGGUGAUUGCACCGCAAGAACGCGAAAAUUUCUCGAUUGUGCGAGCGGUGGCUUUUACCUUUCGAGGCUUUCGUCUACCACUCGAGGGCAGGAUAAAAAGUUCGGAACAGUUCAUCUAAUCAGAACACCUGGGGUGAUUGCCGCUGGUAAUUGGUCGGAAGCUGCUGCCGGCGCCGCUAACCCGCAAGACCACAAAACAGCCGAGACCAACCUUCCUAUACGAGAAUCACGACAGAGACCCUCAUAUCUAUCGCGCUCAACCACCGAUGAUACCAACAAUUUUACCCUCUCGACGGUUCUUCCGGAUGGAAACAUGAGAAGACCGGAGUCUUCUCCACAAUUGAUAACAUGUGAUUCGCCUAUGUCUCCGACUUCACCCACAGCAUCCGAACCACCAUUACAAUCACCACCAUCCCCUGCAGAUGAGUCACUCGAACAAUAUCAGCAGGACCACAAGGAGCACUGGACCACACCUGACAGAAAGGGAAGUCUAGGAAUGUCGACAACAACAAGCUCGAGUGCCUACCAAGACAGCUUGAGGAAUUCACUUGGCAGUAUAAUCUCGCCAACAUCGACUAGGGCCACGACACCUGAUCGGCACCAGCGACAUAUCCGGGCCAAUCCAAGCCUUUGCACCCAUGGCAGUGUACUGAGUGUUGCAACGACUGCCGAUGGCAGUGAUCACGAUGCUGAAGUCCUGAUGAGGUCGUAUGCGCAUGAGCUGCUGUACAACAAGGACGGGCAGGUCGUUGGUGGAACAUUAGCAGCUCUUGUCGAGAAGCUCACAAGUCAGCAUGGUCCACCGGAUCCUGAAUACAAUGCGGCUUUUAUACUCACAUUUCGUCUCUUUACAAAUGCCGUGGAGUUGACACAAGCACUGAUUACUCGAUACGAGUACGCUGGAGACUGCAAUACAGACAGUUCACCUGCACGUCUUAGGGUUUACAACUUCUUCAAGACCUGGCUGGAAUCACAUUAUCUAGUCGAGAGCGAUGCGCCCGCUCUAGAUCUCAUACACAGAUUUGCGGUCCAACAGCUGAGCCUUCAAUUUGCCGGACCAGGCCAACGUCUGGCUGAAUUGACCAAGAUCGCGUCCCAGAUCCAGACGACCAGCGCGACGAAUCAUUUAGUCUCUUCUAUUGGCAAAACCUGUGUUUCGUUGGGCAGUGACUACGAAAAGACUAUCAUACCUCACGCCAGCAUCAACAAGGAGCAAUUAUACCUUCUCACGGGCGCUUUUCCAACCAAAAGACUUACUUUAUUGGACCUGGAUGCUGUCGAGAUCGCUAGACAGCUCACCAUUAUAGAGUCGAAGAGGUUUUGCGCUAUACAGCCUCAUGAGCUACUUGGUCUCGAAUGGACGAAAAAGGAUGGACGCGGACAAAACGUUCGAGCCAUGUCAAAGUUCUCGACAAAUCUCACAAACCUCGUUGCCGAUAGUAUACUUGAGACUGAACAGAUCAAGAGACGUGUCGCUAUUCUGAAGCACUGGAUCAAGAUUGCGAAGCUGUGUCUGGAUAUCGACAACUACUCGGCUCUAAUGGCGAUAUCUUGUUCGCUCACCAGUUCGGCAAUUGCGAGGCUGCACCAAACAUGGGACCAGCUGCCGCCCAAGACGCUUGCCAUCUUCAAGGAAAUCAAGGAGAUAGUUGAUAUAUCACGUAACUACGCCACACUCCGACAACGUCUGCAAACACCGAAGGCGCCAUGCCUACCAUUUGUAGGCAUGUAUCUUACCGAUCUCACCUUCGUAGAUGCUGGCAACUCGAACACCCGACCGCUGCCCACUGACGAUGGAGACGGUACCAAGUCCAAGAUGGUGAUCAAUUUCGACAAACACAUGCGCUCCGCACGAGUCGUGGGUCAUCUGCAGCGUUAUCAAGUGCCCUAUCGCCUUCAACAUGUACUUGAGAUACAGCAAUACCUGGAAGGUCAACUCGACCGUGUAGACACAAGCGAUCGAUGCACUGUGAUGAGUUUCUGGCGCCGCAGUCAGGCAAUUGAAGCACGC